CUCCUCUUCGAUCUCUCAACUCCUGAGCUCAACAACCCAAUUUUACAAUGGUCGCCUUCACCUCCAUCCUCGCCACUCUUGCCGUCGCUGGCGCCGCCGACCAGGCUCCGGCUCUCGAGCCCCGCGCCCAGAUCAAUGGCCGCCUGCACUCGGCUCUCCGCGGCGACCUCUGCGUCGGCCUGAGCGGCACGUCCGACGGCUCCAAGCUCAUGCUCAAGUCGUGCUGGGACGAGAGCACGUCCGUGUCCUUCAACGACGGCGACGGCCUCCUGUGGUUCAACCAGGCGGGCCGCGUCGCCGACAUCCCCUGGGGCAACUACUACGACGGCCAGAACCCGCAGCUGUGGGCGAGCGGACCCAACGACAACCAGCGCUGGUACCGCCACUCGCCGGCCUCUCAGCGCAACGGCGACGGUGUCAGCCAGUGGGAGUGGCAGCAGAUCAAGACCCAGAACGGCGGCAACUUCUGCCUCGACGUCCACGAGGGCCGCGCUGAGCCCGGCGCCCAGAUCCAGAUCUGGUCGUGCGCCGGCGGCGACAGCAGGAACCAGGCGUUCUACUUUGCUUAAGCAGCUUGAUAGAAGCCUUUAUCCUCCCCCAGCACGGAGGCCGCCUAGUGCUGCGAAUCGACGAG